GAAACGGCGGGAGACUCGGAGAGGAUUUUACGUUUUAACCGCUCCACACUUUAGGUACAACAGAGGGCGAAUAUAUCGCCAAUUGAGUCAGCUGUCACUAUCAAACUCAUAUAGCAUCUACCAAUUCAGUACCUACCGACGAAAAGUCGACUUAUUGACGGUAAUAAGUGGUCGUGAGUGUCUACGAUGAUAAUCUACAUUUUCUUCCUCGCCUUAUUGUGUGGAAAAGUGAGCGCAUGGGAUUCUGGAGAACUCCAAAUGUUUGAUUUAGUUGAAGAAGUCAAGGAAAAUUUUUAUGACUUUCUGGGCGUUUCUCAUACUGCUGAUAUUUCUGAAAUAAAACGUGCUUACCGAAAGUUAUCUUCUAAACUUCAUCCAGACAAGAAUCCAGAUGAUCCUACUGCAGAACAGAAGUUCCGAAGGCUUGUAGGUAUUUACGAAGUCCUUAAGAAUUCGGAAUUACGUGCCAAAUAUGAUGAAGUGCUGAUAAAUGGUUUGCCCAGUUGGCGAACCCCAGUAUUUUACUUUAGGAAGCUCCGCAAAAUGUCUAACUACGAACUGUUUGGGUUGUUCUUUGGAAUGGCUACCAUAAUUCAUUAUGCUGCACUUUGGGGCUCAGUUUUUGAGAAGCGGCUUACUUUGGAAGAUCAACUUAGCACUUCUUUAAAACGUCACAAAGCUCGUGAUCGGAAGUUGGAACUAAUAAACCAAGAGAUAUCUGACGAACUUCAAAAGAUUCCCGCUCCCGGAUGGUUUGAUUUGCUUCCGUUCGCUAUUGUCAGAUGGAUAUAUGCUAUCAUCACAUUUAUUCCUGUUUUCACUGAAUUUAUUAACGAAAAGAUUUCUGAGAAAUUACAAGAACGUCGUGAACUCAGGGAAGAAGUUCGAAUUCUUCAAGAAAAAAAAGAAAAACUUAAGGCUGAUAAACAAGAACGCAAACGUCGCUUAGUACACGAACAAACAAUCCUUAGAGAAGUUGUAAAGGAGGCUGGCCAAUCAACUUUGAAUUCAGUCCUUACAGACAUUCCUAAUAUUGAGACUGAGAGUUCUGAUGAAGAUUCAAAAAGUGAAGCAAAAGAUCCUGUUUAUCGAGAAUGGUCAGAAGUGGAUAGAGACAAUUUAGUUCGUGCAGUAAUUCGAUAUCCUGGAGGUGUUCCUGGGAGAUGGCAACGUAUCGCAGAAUCUCUUGGUCGUAGUGUUCCUGAUGUUAUUCGUAAAGCGAAAUAUAUGAGUAAAGAAUUAAUGUCUAUUUCUCAAAAAAAUAUAAAUCCUGAUGAAAUCCCAACCUUUGAAACAAAUGUAAAUAAUUUCUGUGGAGAAAGUAAUUCUGAACAAAGUAAUAAUCAAUCAGACGAAUCAGGUGAAGAACAAUAUUCAAAAAAACGACUUCGUAAACGUUUAUUGAGACGAAAAGAACCCUGCGUUGUCAAUCAAACAAAUGGAGAAACUCAACUGAAUGCGAAUAAUGAUUUGUCUUCAGACGUCGUCAUAGUUGAUGAACCAUAUAUUAGUCGAAAAAAACUCAAACAACAGAAAGAUGAAGCAACACUUAAAUGUACAGAAAUUAAACCUGUCAAAAGUAAUGAUGGAUGGACUAAAGUAGAACAACAACAGCUGGAGGUCGCUAUACGCUCUAUUGGUAAAGGGACACCUGAGCGGUGGGAUCGGAUCACAGAAUGUAUCCCAACAAGAACAAAGUAUUAACAUUUUCAGCGUUUCAAAGAAUAAGGUUUUAAAGGCUGUUCCAAAAGUCCUUCAAAAUUUAUUCUCAGCUAUUUAUCAGUACAUCUACUAUAUGGGGUAGUUCAAUAGCACUGGUAUUCCGUUAUCAGUACAAAACGUUUUUUGGGGAAUUGGGUCAGUUUAUUCAUUUAUUUAAACAUAAGUACAAGAAGACACUAAAUAUAUAUGCGCCACACUUCGUCAUUCGAUUUGUGAGUGCUUGGAUACUUCCUCGGUGUCCAAAUUGAAAGGGGUGGUUUUCUUUGGGGCCACUUCCUGAGCCUUUGACCUAGAGGUUUGAUCCACAUGGCAGUGCAGCAAAGUUAGGAGAUGCAGUCCCAUGGUAACCGGUGACCAACAAUAGGUUCGUGCACCAUUUUUCCCUCAGGAUCCUGGAGCCCAUGUGCAUCAUUGGUUUGGAAUCAGGGUUUUCCAUCUCCACUAGGUGGACUCUCUAUAUCCACCACCCCAUUUAAAACGCCGGACAUUCACAUUUCGUCCUCUCGAUUUCGAAACCAUCACCAUCGCGAAAGUGAGUAGGACUCCCCUGGCAGUGUCAGGGAAUAGAGCAUUUCGAAAGGGAGAGUGGAUUCUCCCCACCCUCGGUCGUUUCAGAGCGUUUGGGGAACGAUGAUCACUAAACAAACUUUGAAAACGCAAAAGCAAGUGGAAGAUUAGUUUAGGUACUGAGAAAUAUCAUAAAUGUGCCGUAAAUUCCGUCAGGAUGUCAGAAACGACAAAUAAACUGAACUUCAACCUACUUUAAUAGAAAUAAAUUUCACUCAGUUUUUUUUUCAGUGCUUCUCAGUAGUGGCGAUUCACUUCCUCUUUUCGUUAACUUUAAGGAUUUGACAUAUUAAUCGGGGAUUUUUCUUUGUAUGUUCC